AUGAGCAGCGCACUCCGGAGUAAGGAAGGAUGCUGGACGUGUCGGUUACGGCGCAAGAAGUGCGACGAGCGCCAUCCUCAAUGUCAAACUUGCGAGUCGCUUGCCAUCACCUGCUAUGGCUUCGGCCUCAAACCAGACUGGAUGAGUGACCGCGAAAAAGAAAGAGAAAUCUCCAGCAGCCUCAAAGAGAUCGUCAAACACAGAUCUAAACGCAAGAGAAUUAUCCAGCGCGACUCAUCAGUUACAAUCGCCCCAAAAGUGCUCUCCAUUACCUCCAAGGCUUCCUCUUCUUCGUCCACCAGCGCAACCUUGCCUGCUCAGACUACCCGAACUCCUAUCCUCGAUGAAAGUGAUACAGGGCAAGAGCCAGUACAGAAUCCUCCUCAACUGGGAAAUGUUGAUUCCUCGGCCAUUGAGGCAAGACCUUGCAUCCCACCGGACGAAUCAAGCCACUUGAUGCAUUAUCUAGAUCAUGUCUUCCCGCUACAAUUCCCCAUGUACAAACCCGAAGGCCAACUCGGUGGAAGGGGCUGGCUGCUAUCGAUAAUCCUGAACAACGUGCCUCUCUACCACGCGACUUUGGCCCUUGGUGCGUACCACCAGCGAGCCACCAUUCCUGUACACACCUCGCACCGCACAUAUCGAGCCGCGACCUUGGUUCAGCAAGAACAGCACCUUGAAAUAUGCAUCAAAGCAUUCAACCAAUUUGCGUCGAAUCACUGUCCCAAGAGUGCCUUGGGUAUUAACACUGCCGUCGUCCAACUAAUAUUUUUUGAGCUUUUUACUGGACACGGAAAAUCAUGGAAAGCCCACCUCACCGCAGGUAUCAAUAUGUACCACCGUGGCUCAACGGAUGACGUUACGAGAUUCCCCUUGUCCGAACCGUCGACCACUAUCCUACAUCAAGAUCUGCCGCUCACAGUGUAUGACCCAGUCGUGGCAGAGGAGAUCGAAAGCUUUAGGUUCCUGAGGAGUACAUUGGUCUGGCUGGAUAUCGUCUCUUCCAUUACCGCCGGCACAGCGCCACGCCUUGCGCCUCAUGCUUUCUGUCCCAUCACCAACAACUCUCAAACCAGGAUCGAGCACGUCAUGGGCUGCAAAAAUUGGGUCAUGCUGCUUCUUGGGCGGAUUGCUGCGCUUCACCAACACCAGUGUCAAGCUCGGCUGGCAGGAAUCUUCGACACUGCACAGUUUGCCCAGGAAUUCAGUGACAUCGACACAGAGAUGCAAUGUGGCCUUUUCAAAGAGGCUUCGGGUUUUCGAGAAGUUGCCGGGACACCGUGCCAUGCCAUCACGGAUCCUAUAUCAUUUGUCACCUACUUAUUCGCCCGUGCCGCAUCCAUCUACCUGCAUCUGGUAAAACAUGGCUUUGACCAUCUGGAAUUGGUAUCUCCGACGGUAGGUAGUACCCUGGAGCUCAUACAGUCAAACACACCGUCAGAUCUUCUUCCGAAUCUGAUAUUGCCUUUCUUCAUCGUCGCUUCUGUUGCAGCGCCACCAGAUCAACAGUUCCAUCGGGACUUAUUCUCCUCCCCGCCGUUGCUUGACCCUGUGCGACAGCAUCGGCAAACAAUUCUGCCUUGUUUGGAAGAAAUAUGGGAGAGAAGACAGUCUGCGCCCAAGUUCGAGUGGGAACAUGCAGUAGAGUUGGCUUGCGAUAUCAUCCUUGUCUGAUGGCAUAA